AUGACCGACAAUGACGGCUACAUCGAGAUCGAGGACAAGACCUACGAUAUCCCAACAACUGUCGUCAUGAAGAGCGACAAAGAAGUGGUAGAGGCGAUCCUAGCUCUCGUCCCUGAGCAUGUGGCCGACCAUGCCACCACCCCAGUCCAGGUCGACUAUGCCAGAUCGACCCCAGUACAGGUGGUGCUCCGGAGUCUGAACCGGGAACAUCUCAACAUGAGUGCGACGGAGGUGCGUAAGCUACUGAGAGAAAGCCUUCAGGAUGUCAUUUCAACACCAAAUCUCUCCUUGCCUUACCUCGGUAACGCGCCAAAUAAGGUCUCAAUCAUGAUUUCGCGGAAAACCUGGUAA